GAAAAAUUACAGACCUUGGCCCAUCCAACUCCACUGCCGCAUCAUAUUUCAUGGCCGCUCGAGCUGGGAAUGGCCAACUAGCAAGCAUGGAUAUGGAGUCGCAAAACGAGGAGAACUUUACACAGUUUUUAGAGUCUGGUAUAUACGUGUUUGAAGAUUCUAACGCUGUUUUCGUGGAUCCUGUUCGUGUCCUGAAUCGUUCCUACAAUCAUUUCAAGGUUUCUCCUUCUGUAUACUACGCUCGUUUUUUCGAAUCCCAGCGCUGUAAUCAAGAUCCCAGGUCUGCUACCACUUCCAGAAAAGGAAAACGAAAACGAAAACAAAUAGCUGGGAAACCUCGAGCUCUGAGCGAAAGAGAACGUAUUGCGGAGCAGCGUCAUCUGGAAGCAAGGUCUUUUUUAUUGAAGGCGCAAGAGUCUUUGCAAAAAUCUACUGCACUCUUAGAUGUCUUGAGUAAUUUGAGGAAUGAUCCUAGUAUCUCAACGGACUGCGGAGUUUCAACAUUGUCAGUGGUUCAGCAGUCUUUCGUUGAAUUAGGACAGGUCUGGCAAGUACCACUCUUUGAGAUAACUCUCAAUGUACAUGUUAGUGGUCAGACAAAUGAAGACAAAGAACAGAGGGUACACCCUGCAUUCAAUAAUUUGAUUGCUAACGAGACCACUGAUGAAGCAGAAGCCGAAUUUUUGAACAAUCAUUAUAUCAUACCUCGAGAGAGUUGCUUUUACAUGUCUGAUAUGGGACAGAUUCACAGCCUAGUUCCUGCUGAUGCCGAUUCUGGUUUCAACCUCAUAGUGGUUGAUCCACCAUGGGAAAAUGCUAGUGCCCAUCAGAAAUCAAGGUACCCAACCUUGCCCAACAGAUAUUUUUUAUCCCUUCCUAUUAUACAACUUACUCACACUGAAGGAGCACUUGUAGCCUUAUGGGUGACCAACAGAGAGAAGCUCCGUGGCUUUGUCGAGAGAGAGCUUUUUCCUGCAUGGGGAGUCAGUUAUGCUGCUACUUUUUAUUGGUUAAAGGUGAAAGCAAAUGGAUCUUUGAUUAGUGAUUUAGACCUCUUUCAUCAUAGACCGUAUGAAAGCCUUAUUUUGGGCUACAGCCACGGGAAGGCCACAAAAUCUGAUGAGCAAUCAAACUUUAGACCAGUAAGAGAUAAUUAUGUGAUUAUGAGCAUUCCUGGGGACUACUCAAGGAAGCCCCCUAUUGCAGGAAUGUUGAAAUCACUUCUUUUGUCAUGGUCAGAUUUGCUAAUGGAGUAUGUUCCUGGGUUGAGGCCGGCCCGAUGUAUUGAACUAUUUGCCAGAGAAAUGAUCGCUGGGUGGGUUAGCUGGGGUAAUGAGCCCCUUCACUUUCAAGACUGCAGAUUUUUUCUUAGAAGAUAGAAGCAUGAUUCAUGCAAAUGGUUUGAGACUGGCCAUUUGCAACCCCAUUUCAACCGUUUGCUUUCUGUUGCGUGAGCUAAUUCCUCAAGCCUGCUAACAACUCCAAUCCGCAUUUUCCCUCAAGGAAUAUGGAAUUUAAAUAUAAAAAUCCGAGAAGCAUUUAUGACUGAUGCUUAUUUGGUGACAAGGAAGAUACACAGAGGGAGAUUAUUGAUCUGUCUUCUAAGAAAAGUAUUCGGAGACAAUAGAGGUGUACGGGGGUCGUUCAAGCAAACCUUUUGUUGGUUACCUGCAACCGCGGGAACCAAGCAAUGAUAUGGAGAAUAUAUGCAAUUUGUUGUUGAUCAUUUUUGUUACCUUUGAAAGUCUUUUUUGGUCAAUUAAAGUGGCUGCUGUAUGAAUACAUGAUACCUAAAAUGAGUCGCAACGCCUGUGUAAUUUACCCAUGAACAAAUGGGAGAACCAGUAAAGUCUUUCUGUCUUUUGUGGCCUACCUCUAAAGAUUUGUAGAAAGACGGGGCCACGAUAAUAAAAGGACUUAAAUGCCCUUUAUGGUGGGGUUCAAA